ACUCGCGUCAUUCAAGGCAGAAGGACUGACGUGGAAAAGGGAGGAAGAUAAGGGGACUGUCCGCACGCAGGGCGGUGAGAAAACACCGUCACUGAGCUUCACUCACCUAAUUCUCUCUCUCGACAUCAGGAGACUAAACGGACGCAAUGGCACCAAAGACAUUCCUUCAGUACACAGAUCUAGAACUGGCCAUCAACACCAUAGUAACCCAGUUCCAUGCAGCCUCAGCUAAUGAAGCUUCAGCUCUGACAGUAAACGAGUUCCAGGGCAUGCUAUCCAAAGAACUGCCUUCAGUGACUCCAAAGGACCAGGAAGGUCUUAACAAGAUUCUGAGUGAGAUGGAUGUGGCAGAGGGGCAGGAAGUGACCUUUGAGAACUUUUGGAACCUGGUGAAUUCCUAUGCCACCUCUCAGUUUGGGCUGCUUCAGAAAGAUAAAAGUGUUAAAUGCAAUUGCCUGUUACUCUGAAACUUAGGCAAGUGAAUAAGAAAAGCAUACUGCUCCCACCAGCCCCUCCCAGUUCAUGUGGGUGCAAUGCUGUUCCAGCAGGCUCCUGUUCCAACUUCCUUUGCCUUAUCAUCAACAUGUUAUCAGAUUCUUUAGACAAAAAUUUAGCCACACCUGUAACCUGAAUGGCUAAACAUUGCCAACAUUGUUAGUGUCACAUACACAUGAUAUUUGUUACCAAUAUGUGAAGAAGCAGCUUUUAUAUUUACUAAUAUGCUUUGGUGCUGCACGAUUAAUGGUUAAACGUUUCUGAUUUAACCUUCUCAUCAUGAUAUUUUUGUACAAUGAUGAUAUCUGCACGAAUUAUUGUGUUGUAUGACACUUUUUUUUUUGACGUGUCUCUUUUAUACAUACUACACUUUUGUACAAUGGUAAAUAUAAAUUAGUAUGUAAAAUUAUACAAAAGAUAUAUGUUGGCAUCUAGUUAAAUAUAUAUCAAUAAAAAGAUAUAUUGAAAUAAAUGCAGAAGCA